AUGGCAAACAACUUCGCUCAAACAUUGCCGGCACGGCAAUUCGGAGUUUCGGAUGCUAAGCGGCUUGCGCAGAUGUACAUAGGCCAACAGAACUCUCGGGGAAUGCGCUCCAAAGAACACAAUCGAGCGGCGCCCUCGAAGGAGGAUGAGCUGAACAGCUUCCAAUUUGCCGAGGAGCCUGACGAUCCUCGAGUUGCAGUGCCUGCCCACCGGAUCGGUGAUGAGCCUGAGGGCAGGCUUCGGCCAUAUGUGGCCAUCAGCGACAGGUCAAAGCAGAAGAAGCCUGACCACCAGCAGAUGAUUUUGACGGCAAUGCGGAAGCCACUUCACAGCACAAGCCCGCCGAGUCCUCCCGGUCGUGGGGCCCACCCUGUCUUGGCCAACGCAGGUCUGCUGCAAUUUAUGCUGCCAAAUUUCGGCUUCCCGCCGACCAUUGCAGAGGAGGCAUCUCUAGAACAGCUCCUUUUAAGUCCAAGUCACCAUGACGAGCGCUUUCAGUUGCUCGAAACAUGA